CUAAUAGAAAAGCAUAUAGUGGCCGCUGCUUCGCAGGCGGCUCAGCUUUAACGUUACCCGGGAGCCUUGAAUUUUCUGUUAGGAACAACAGGAAAGUUCGCUAGUCACUGUAAAGUUAUGCAGAGACACGCGAGAUGUAAAGUUAGCUAGCUAACAACGUUAGUAAAAAGGAAACAUUCUGGAGUAAAAAUCAUGGAGUCCGGCGUUGACUUUCCGUCUCCUGAGUCGACAGUGACCUCCCUGCUGUCCAGCUCAGGUCACCUGAGGAGCAGCCUUCUGGCUCCUGAACACAACACCACCUUCAGAUACAGAGACAAGAUCUAUGACUCAGCCACGGCAGCGUUGGACGCCUACAUCACAGACUUUGAAAGGAGUUGUCAGAUCAGCGGGUCGUCGACAGGAAGUCUGGUUCUGCCUCAUAGUCCGCCCUGCACGCCAAGCAGACCCAGAGCGAGUACGCUCAGAAACAAAGAUGUUCUCAGGGAGCGUUUGACCGAGAGGGAGCUGGACUUCUUGAACCUCCCUGUCAGCUCUCUACAUCACCGUGGCAACCGGGACAGGCUCUCCAUGACGACAGACGAGCUGCUGUCUAUACCUUACGACGGCUCGAUGCCUGUCACUCACACCUCUGCCUUCAUCCAUGGUCUUAACUCUGCACACAGAGCCACAAGAUCCGAGUGGGCAGAGCCGUCUUCAUCCCUCCACCUCCCCCGCUGGUUCACCAGUAACAAGAGUGAGAUGGACUGUUCUGGAAUCACCAGUGUGCCCGACCUGAAGUACCCAGCCUGGGUCCAACGCUGCGAUCGCAGCGAGCCGCCACCGUCCUCAGAGGCAGAGCUUUGGGAUGACCACGGUACAACACCGUCUGCCCGCCACCAACACUGCCAGGCUCCCAGAACUCCGGCCUGGGUCGCAGAGCUAGAGGAUGAAGUCCCCGACCACAAACCCAAGCAGGGUGACAGCCAGCAGACUCUCAGAGAGCUGAGGCUUCAGUUUGCUGAACAGAUUUCUCUACUGGCUGCAGAGAGAAACAGCUCUGACAUCAUGGAAACACUGUUCAAAGACAACCGGAUCGAGUCUCUGAUCCAGAAGGCCGAUCAGGUGUUGAACUCUCUGUCUCAGAGUUCUGGAGAAGCAGAUCCAGGCAGUCCUGCUGAUUAUGUUGAAGCAGCUCUCAGUCCAGCAAACACUGAGGAGCUGCUGCUCUGUUCCUCCUCACACUGCCGUCCAUUCACUCAGUACUUGGCAACAGCAGCAGGAGGGGGCAUCACAGAGGCUCUGACUGACAUUAAAGCUCAGGCUCAGGGCUCCGGUCUCCAUAGAAACAGCAUCUUAAAGCAGCCUGGUCCGGUGGAGGCUCUGAAACAGAUGCUGUUCAGACUGCAGGCAGUGGAGGCAGAGGUUCAGCGGCAAACGCAGGCAUCGGUAGCUCCAACGUUCUCCGACAAGGACGGGCUGCAGGCAGAGACAACUCCAGAGAAGCAGUGGCCCGAGAGUGAAGCAGAGCUGGAAAAUGUUUCUGGUGGACCAUCACUACAGCGAGCUUUGCACCACCUAAGCCGUCUGAAGGUGCUGGUGGAAGAAAGAGAGAAGAAACACACAGAGAAAGAAGAGGAGAAGGACGAAGAUGAAGGACGCUACUCCUCUUCUUCUGCUGAAGGACUCCCCUGCACCCAGCAGACCCCCACCUGAAGCUAAAGGCCGGUCUACCAGAGCAAUGCCCUUCCAGGCAGCGUCGCCUUCGCUCAGUGUUCUCACUGGGCUCUCCCUCGCGUCCAGCAGCAACAAUCUGCAGAUGUUUCGGCCUAAACUCUGCCCUGCUAGUAUUUUAGAUGAAAAGGUGCAGUACUCAGUACAGGGACCAUACCAGUCCCAAUUGGAAAUUCAUAAAAUGGGAGUUUAAGUUGUGUGAACAGUAUGUUACAGUGAAGG